ACAUUAUUCUAACUAUAAAUAUUCAGUUAUUGUUAGUGACAACAUUUAUACGUAUAAUCGGCUUUGGUGAGUGUUAAUUUUAAUAAAUUCGAUUACCAAAAAUCAUCGUCCGGAUUUAAUUUUCACAUCAGGAGCCGUCUCUGUUAUCCAAACGAGUUCUAAGUCUAAAAAAUGUUAAAAUUAAAGAAAAAAAUUGUAUAAAUAAACCUUGGAAAUAUAUUGCGACCAUAGUACAACUAAUUAAAAAGACUCACAUAAUAAAUCGAAGUUUUAUUGUUUUAUAUUGAAACCGAUUUACAAAAAAAAAAACAGUUCAUAAAGAAGUACCAUCGUAAACAUGAAAGUAAUUAUCUGGAUAUUUAUUUUACUAAAGACUGAAUGUGAUGUUGAAAGUUAUAAAAUUUUAUUCGUUUUCCCCGCUCCGAUCCCGAGUCACUUUUUUCUUGGAAACGCAUUAGCAAAAGGAUUAGUAGACGCAGGACAUGACAUAACAAUGAUAAGUCCUUAUGAACAAAACUACAAAUCAAAAAACGGGACUUAUAAGAACGUCGUUUUGACCGGAAUCGCAGAUAUGAUGAUGGAUCUAAAAAUUCCUACGUGGGUCGAAAUCGGAAGAAUGAAUCCUUUUAUGCAGGACAAGAUAGUAUUGAAUCCGGGCACCGCUAUUGUUAAUUUCACUUUAAAUCAUCCGAAUUUUCGGAAAUUCCUCCGAUCUCCCGGUGAAAAAUUCGACGUAAUUAUUUUAGAAUUAUUUCUAAACGACGCGCUCAAAGUAUUAUCUUGUCAUUUUAAUGCUCCUCUUAUAUUAUUUAGUACGUUGGGUCCGAAUUUUUGGACCAAUUCCCAAAACGGAAACCCCACGCCUUUAUCUUAUAUACCCGAUUUUUUUCAACCUUUUUCCACUAAAAUGACUUUCUGGCAACGAACUUUGAACACUUGGUAUACCUUAACCCGAUUUUUUAACAGGGAUUAUGUUUUCCUUCCGAAACAAUUGCAGUGCGUGAAAAACCAUUUCCCGCAAUGUUACACCGAUGAUUUAUAUUACAAAAGUUCUCUAACUUUAGUUAAUUAUCACGAAAGCGUUAAUUAUCCCGUACCGUUGGUACCAAAUAUGAUAUCAGUCGGUGGUCUUCAUAUCAAACCUCCUAAUAAAUUACCAAAUGACCUUCAAGAGUAUCUAGAUGGUGCAACUGAAGGAGUUAUAUACUUCAGUUUAGGAUCUAAUUUAUUAUUUUCACAACUCGAUAAUCACAUCAAAAAAUCCAUAAUUAAUUCAUUCAAAAAACGAAAAGAAACAAUCUUAUUAACUUGCGACGAGGAUCUUCAUUUAAGUAAUAUUAUAGCAAAAAAAUGGUUUCCUCAACAAGAUGUUUUAGCUCAUCCCAAAGUAAAAUUAUUCAUUUCCCACGGGGGAUUAUUAAGUAUUAUGGAGGCGGUAUAUAACGGUGUUCCAGUAUUAGCGUUACCCGUUUUUGCGGAUCAAAAAAUGAAUGGUGCUACUUUACAACAAUACGAAUUUGGAUUGAGUGUUUCAUUCCAUGAUUUAAAUGAAGAUAAUUUAUCAGAAAGCAUAAAUAGGAUACUUACUGUGCCAAAAUAUCGAGAAAAUAUGAAAAAACGAUCAAAGUUAUUCCAUGACAGACCGAUGAAACCGUUAGACGUGGCUAUUUACUGGACUGAAUUUGUGGCUAAAUAUAAAGAAACGUCACAUUUAAAGGUAGCUGCAUUAGAUCUCGAAUGGUACCAAUACUUUUUACUAGAUGUCAUAGCUUUAACAGCUGUAAUUAUAAUUGGUAUUUGCGUAGUUAUUAUUGUAUCCAUAAAAUUUGUAUUGAAAAUGUUUUUAAAAAAAGAAAAGAUUAAAAUAAAUAAUAUUUAUUUCCAUCCAAUGUUAUGGAAAUUUCUUAUCUGUUUUAAAUUGUUGGCCGUCGCGCAAGCGUAUCGGAUUUUGAUCGUUUGUCCAAUGGCGGCACGAAGCCAUUUUAUACUUGCGAAUACGUUAGGAAGGGGAUUAGUCGAAGUUGGACACGAAAUAACGAUGAUAAGUCCUUUCAGAGAUCCAAAACCGCUUCAAAACUACACGGAUAUUGUUCUAACCGGUUUACUCGAAGCUAAAGAAAAAAAUUCUGCGCAUUUAUGGGAUUUGGAAAAAAUAUCUCCGUACAAAUUUAUAAAUAUGAUGAAUUCUAUCGGUAAAAAAAUCGUAAGGGACGUAUUCGCCCAUCCAAAUUUUCAAAAUUUCAUCGACGAUUCCAAUCAAAAAUUCGACUUGAUAAUCGUACAAAAUUUCAGAACGGACGCUUUGAACGUCCUUCAAUGUCAUUUCGACGCUCCCCUCGUAACGCUCGCGAUAAGCGAAGCGAAUUUUUGGGUAAAUCCGUUAGUAGGUAAUCCGUCCCCGCCGUCUUAUAUUCCCGAUAUAUUCGUCGGGUAUUCCAGCCGUAUGAAUUUCUGGGAACGAUUAAUCAAUACCGGAUUGAUAUUAGUUAAUUACAUGUAUAAUUACAUCGAUUUUAUUCCCGGUCAAAAACGUUUGAUGCGUCAAUAUUUCCCGCACUGUACUAACCGCGACGACAUUUUGAAAAACGUUUCCUUGGUAUUUUUACCGGCUCACGAAAGUUACAACCAGCCCGUUCCCCUGGUACCCAACAUGAUAAACGUCGGGGGAUUUCAUAUAAAACCUCCGAAGGAACUACCUGGAGAUCUGAAGGAGUUUAUGGAUGCAGCUACAGAGGGCGUCGUUUAUUUUAGUAUGGGUUCUAACCUCAAUAUGACACUAAUAAACAAACAAACGGAAAAGGAUAUUUUACAAGCUUUGGGAAAACUUAAACAGAUGGUGCUGUUUAAACAUAACGACGUUCUGGAAGAUGUACCGUCGAAUUUUAAAGUUGGUAAAUGGUUUCCGCAAUCCGAUAUUUUAGCGCAUCCGAAUACGGUAUUGUUUAUCACUCACGGAGGAUUGUUGAGCACUUUGGAAACGAUACAAUAUGGAGUUCCAGUACUGGCUUUACCGGUUUUCGCCGACCAAAAGACAAACGCAGCCAAAGCCGAAACGGCCGGUUACGGUUUGAGUAUUCCGUUUUUAGAAAUUAGCGAAGAACGUCUAACCGCCACUCUCGACGAAUUAAUAACAAAUCGAAGAUACCGUGAAAACGCAAAAGCAAAGUCGGUUAUUUCGCGAGACCGUCCAGUGAAACCCAUGGAUUUGGCGAUUUAUUGGACGGAAUAUGUAAUUAGACACAAGGGGGCGCCCCAUUUGAGAGUGGCUGCUAUGGAUCUAACGUUGAUACAGUAUCUUCUGUUGGAUGUUGCAGCGUUCGUUAUUUUCGUUGUAAUUACUGUAUUUUUAUUCGUGUUUAUUACGUGUAAGAAAUUUUUUGUGUUUCGUGUAAAUAAAAUAAAAAAAGAAUGAGAAAAAUAAUGAAA